ACUACAGGCCGGCGCCACGGCGCGCCCGCCACACGCCACCGCGUGAUCGAGCGCGGCGCGAGCACGAGCGAGAGGCCCUCGUCUCGUCUGUGCGCGCGCGCGACGCCACGGCCGUCUCCUUCCUUCCUCCCACCUUCCUCGCCGCGCGCCACCUCACGUCGCCAUUUCAACUCCACCUCGCGUCGCGUGAACGGGAGACCUCCUCCCCGACCCCUUCAACUCCGCGUCCCCCACCUCCCCCUCCCCCUCUCUAUUUCUUACUCCUCCUCCCCCUCGCCCUCCCCCCGAUCGAUCCAAGAAACCGGAGCUAGCCGAGCCCGAUCUUGUGUGGGGAGGGGCGAGUGGUGCUGCAGCCAUGAAUAGCCUCUUCUCUAGCUCGUGGAAGCGCGCCGGCGGCGGCGGCGGGGACAUAGAGUCCGGCGGCGGGGUGGAGAUGGCGCCGCCGCCGGGGGCGGCGGCGGGGGCGAGCCUGGACAGGUUCUUCGAGGACGUGGAGUCGAUCAAGGACGAGCUCCGCGACCUGGAGCGGAUCCAGCGGUCGCUCCACGACGGCAACGAGGGGGGCAAGUCGCUGCACGACGCGGCGGCGGUGCGCGCGCUCCGGGCGCGGAUGGACGCCGACGCCGCGGCGGCCAUCAAGAAGGCCAAGGUGGUGAAGCUCCGGCUCGAGUCGCUCGACCGCGCCAACGCCGCCAACCGCUCCGUCCCCGGCUGCGGCCCGGGGUCCUCCACCGACCGCACGCGCACGUCCGUCGUCGCCGGCCUCCGCAAGAAGCUCCGCGACUCCAUGGAGGCCUUCUCCUCCCUCCGCGCCCGCAUCUCCUCCGAGUACAGGGAGACCGUCGCGCGGCGGUACUUCACCGUCACCGGCGAGCAGCCCGACGAGGCCACCCUGGACAACCUCGCCGAGACGGGCGAGGGGGAGCGGCUCCUGCAGCGCGCGAUCGCCGAGCAGGGCCGCGGCCAGGUGCUCGGCGUGGUGGCCGAGAUCCAGGAGCGGCACGGCGCCGUCGCGGAGCUGGAGCGCAGCCUGCUCGAGCUCCACCAGGUGUUCAACGACAUGGCCGUCCUGGUGGCUGCGCAGGGGGAGCAGCUCGACGACAUCGAGACCCACGUCGGCCGCGCCCGCUCCUUCGUCGACCGCGGCCGCGAGCAGCUGCAGGUGGCGCGCAAGCACCAGAAGAGCACCCGCAAGUGGACCUGCAUCGCCAUCAUCAUCCUGCUCGUCCUCAUCCUCGUCGUCGUCCUCCCCAUCGUGCUCAAGUUCGUCAACAACAACAACAGCAGUAGCCCGUCGCCGUCGCCACGGACCCCGUCGCCGCCGGCCCCGCCGCCGCCGUCGGCAUGAUGGCAAAUCUAGUACACCUUGAGUUCACACUUCAUAUAGAGAGGAUUCCUUUUGUUCUCGUAUUUUUCAUAAGAGUUCUUCACGAUUGUAAUUACUCUGUAUGAUACUAUGAUUAGUUGAUUGUCUUGAUUACUAUACAUAUCCGCCAUUUUUCUAAA